CUCUCCUCUCCCUGCGUGUAUAAAAGGAAGGAAGAAAUCUUCGAAAUCAAAUCGGAGUUUUCACCGGAAUUUACUCCGAUUCGGCAGUUUCUCUCUCCGAUCAACUUCUCCGGCGUCUAAUUCCAUCCACUGAACAAAGUGAAUUAUUCCUUCUGGAAGGAAUCCAUCCUCGACCUAGGUUAAUCUUUGAUCUGGGAUUCUCAUUUGAGAAUCAGAUUGAAGAUUCUUAUAAUGGAUAUGAAUGAUGACCAUGUGAUAGAAAUAAGAAGUGUUAGUCAUGCAUCCUCGCCUGGUUCGUUAAAUGUGUUCAACAGAUCGCAGCAAGAAGAUCGGUCUUCUGUUGUUGUCAAUGCACCUGCAUCUCAACUUCCUGGUUUAUCAUCCAUUAUGAGGGGAAAUGGACAUGAACAACUACAAGGAAAUCCACUAAAUUCUGGAUUCUGGAUAUCAGUUGAAUUGGUUGUAAUUACUUGCCAGGUAAUUGCAGCUACUGUUGUUUUGUCGUUAUCGAGACAUGAACAUCCACGUGCUCCUUUGUUUGCAUGGAUUGUUGGUUAUGCGAGUGGAUGUAUUGCAAGUAUUCCCCGUCUGUAUUGGCGUUAUUGGCAUGGCGAUCAAGUAAUAGUUCAAGAUUCAUCCCAGGCCCGUCAAAGUUCUCCAAGGAAUAACCUUCCUAUUAUCACCCCAUCCUUUUUGUCUCUUUCAGCUGCUAGGGCUUCUGAACUAGAAGAUCGCCCAUCUACUAUUACAACCAGCCAGGGCAAUCCAACUAUGGAAGCCCCAAAUCCAAGAGUAAAAGCUUUUAUGGAUUACUUCAAGAUCUCUUUAGAUUGCUUCUCUGCUGCUUGGUUUAUCAUUGGCAAUGUUUGGGUCUUUGGGAGCCACUCUUCUCUAUCCGAUGCUCCUAACCUGUACAGGCUAUGUCUAGUUUUUCUGUCGUUUAGCUAUUUUGGUUACGCAAUACCUUUUGUUAUCGGUAUCACAGUCUGCUUCUGUUUCCCUUGUAUAAUUUCCUUUAUUGGACUUAGAGAAGAAGAAUCAACUCUUAAUAGAGGGGCCACUAUGGAAUCAAUAAAUUCUUUGCCAAUCUAUAAGUUCAAGACAAAGAAGUGCAAAAAAAACACUAGUAAUGGUAAAGAAGGCGGAGUUAUUGCUGCUGGAACUGACAAGGAACGCUCCAUAACAGCGGAAGAUGCGGUUUGCUGCAUUUGUUUGGCAAAGUAUGGUCAUAACGAAGAGCUAAGGGAAUUACCAUGCAGUCAUUUGUUUCACAAAGAAUGUAUAGACAAGUGGUUAAAGAUGAAUGCACUUUGCCCUCUUUGCAAAUCCCCGGUUGGUGAAACUGUUUCGGAUCCAGACUUCUAGCCUUUGAAACUGACUCUACACAAUGAAGGUCCUCAAGAUUCUCGAUAAACAACAGAAGAAUUCUCAUUAUUUUAUAUGUUGAAGAAAGGCACAUUAUGUGUAUAUAAGAUGUUUAUGUUUAAUUCUUAAUCUGUGAAAGAAGUUAUGGAUGCUUAUAAAGGUUUAAAUAAUCAUUAAAAUUGAAGGAAUAGUUUGAUAUAUAUUAU